AUGAGUUCUAUGUUCAAAAAGAAAGGAGGGCCCGCCUUCAAACCAAAGAUCCCCGCUGCUCGACGCCCCGCGGCACCAGCGCCCUCACAACCACCAAAGCCGUCGCCUGUUUCUGUUCCUCCACCCGUCUCCGAUGAGUCUGUGACCCAGCCAACUAGUCAAGAAUCCUCCGAGUCUUCAUCGCCGAGUGAAUCUGGAACCGCACCUAUCGAACCCAAACCUCUAGAUUCUCAUCAACAUGAUGGCCAGCCUCCUACCCCGCCAUCGACAAACCCAGAAUCCGCAAAGCCCGAUGACGUUCCUGCAACUCAGGAAACCUCACAGGAAAAGUCGCUUGGUGAGGCCCAUCAUGUAACAGAAACUCAGGAUGCUUCUGUUCGAACAGAAGAGACGGUUGCGCCGGUUGCGACUGCAAAGGCUCUGGAAUCCGCGACUGUCCAGACACAACCGACAAGCGGACAAGAACAGGAUCAGUCGCCAGGCAAUAAAGAGCCUUCAUUGCCACCAAAUGAAACUCAGUCGAGUGACACAGAGGCUCCAGCCUCUCCGGUGCUCCAAACACCUACUCCUGCCGAUUCGGAAGGGCCGAGUGGAACUGAACCUUCAACGCCUCCCCUUCAAUCAGACGGCCUCGAUGAGUCACAACCAAAGCCUUCGGAAGAAGCACAGAAGGCGAAAAAUCCGGCACGAAAACCAAGGGCUAGGAAGCAGACCUCACAGGCAGCUCAAGAUGAGACUGGUACGGAAGAAGGUACCCGGCCCAAGAAGCGACAGAGGAAAACUGUUGAGGAAGGUGCGACACCCAAACAACCAAGAAAACGGAAAGCAGCAACGGAAAGCGGUACAGACACACCUAAAACUAGACGGGCCCGAUCCAUGACACCGGAAGACUCAGAGUCUCAGUUGGUGGAUCUUCAAAAACUCAAGAUGGCCGACUUAACAAAGGAUCUUCACAUUGGCAAGAAGUUCAGCAGGCACGACGAACUACGAGAACGAGAGCGACGAGCUAGGAUGAAAAACAAACUCGGAUCUGACGGGGAGCGCGACAGUUCAGCAACACCUGAGACCAGUGGUCAGGUUGACAAGAGUGGAACUCCAGCAGAGUCGCCGGCGCCAUCUGCUCCUACUCCGGCUGCUCCCUCAGGGCCACAAUUCCGCAUCGUGGAUGGACAGAUCGUUAUUGAUCAAAGCUCGCUAUCCGUGGAUCGACAUGCUCGAGCAGCCGCAGCCGCUGGAGAUAUGGAAACUGUCGAAGAAAACGACUUUACUCGCCUCAUCACUAGCAACUCGUUCAUGAACACUUCAAAACUCAAGGGGCCCAACAUUUGGACCGAGGAUGAGACGGAGCUCUUCUACCGCGGUUUGUGCAUGUUUGGAACAGACUUUGAGAUGAUCUCCAAGAUGUUCCCUGGAAAGCAGCGCCGUAAUGUGAAGCUCAAAUUUAACCGCGAGGAGCGUCACUGUCCUAGGCGGAUAAACGCUGCCCUCAUCGGCGAGAAGACGGUUAAGAUGAACAUUGACGAGUACAAGGCCUUCACCGGGAGCGAAUUUGAGCCUGUGGAAGCUAUCGAGGCCGAGCAGCGCAAGAUCCAGGAAGAGUACGAGGCAGAGGAGAAGCGCCGUGCUGAUGAGCAGGCCGAGACCAUGCGCAAGAAGCGCGAGGAGCUGUUCAAGGAUGAUGAGGACGCCGAUGCAAAGAAGAAAAAGAAGAAGAAGAAACAAACGGUCAUUUACGGACUCAACGGCGAACCCAUCGUUCAGGAGGAAUAA